UGGAGAGCCGGGGUCGGUGAGCGGCGGAUGCCUUGUGGUCCGCUCUCAACUACAAGAGGUCCUCUGCACUCAACCCGCUCUACCUUACUCCUUAAGCCGAUGUGUCAGAACUGAGGAACACGGGCAGGCUUGUGUCACAGUGUUACGUUUAGAGUCCAGAAGAAACCUCUUCAUAUGUACUUAACAUAUUUGUGGAUGAGGUGAUGAAUUUCCCAAACUAAAAAAGAGGAGAGGAUGAAGAGGAGAGCAUCUGAAAGGGAUGCUGGAGAGACCUCAGCAAAGUCCAAAGCUCUCUGCAGUAGCAUCUCUGGAAGUAAUGCUAAGAGGGCAGGACCAUUCAUUCUAGGGCCUCGGUUAGGAAACUCUCCAGUUCCCAGCAUUGUUCAGUGUUUAGCACGGAAGGAUGGUACAGAUGACUUUUAUCAGCUAAAGAUCCUGAGUUUGGAUGAGAAAGGUGAUAAAGCAGGGGAGACACAGGAAGAGAGACAAGGCAAAAUGCUUCUUCACACAGAGUACUCCCUACUGUCUCUUCUUCAUAAUCAGGAUGGAGUGGUUCACCAUCAUGGCCUCUUCCAGGACAGGACCUGUGAAAUAGUGGAAGAUCUAGAAGCCAAUAAAUUAGUUCGGAAAAUGCGAAAACGCAUAUGUCUUGUGCUGGAUUGUUUAUGUGCACAUGACUUCAGUGACAAAACUGCUGACCUCAUCAACCUGCAGCAUUAUGUAAUAAAAGAAAAGCGUUUGGGAGAACGUGAGACUGUUGUCAUUUUCUAUGAUGUUGUUCGGGUUGUGGAAGCCUUACACAAGAAGAAUAUAGUACACAGGGACUUGAAACUGGGCAACAUGGUGCUGAACAAAAGGACUCACAGAAUAACCAUCACCAACUUUUGCCUUGGAAAACACUUGGUGAGUGAAGAUGACCUUCUGAAAGAUCAGAGAGGGAGUCCAGCAUACAUCAGUCCUGAUGUGCUCAGUGGUCGUCCUUACCGGGGCAAACCAAGUGAUAUGUGGGCUUUGGGUGUUGUGCUUUUUACCAUGCUUUAUGGACAGUUUCCUUUCUAUGACAGCAUACCUCAGGAACUGUUCCGCAAAAUAAAGGCAGCAGAAUAUUCAAUUCCAGAAGAUGGACGAGUAUCUGACAAUACUGUUUGUCUGAUUCGAAGGCUGCUUGUCCUGGACCCCCAGCAGCGCCUAACAGCAUCUGAAGUUUUAGAGUCUCUUGGCACUAUCAUAUCUUCAUGGCAGUCCAUGUCUUCUCUAAGUGGCCCAUUGCAAGUUGUUCCUGACAUAGAUCACCUGUCAAGUCUGGAGAACUCUCAAGAGGCAAAAGUAACAGAGGAAUCCUCACAGUAUGAAUUUGAGAACUAUAUGAGACAACAGCUCCUGCUGGCAGAAGAGAAAAAUACAAUCCAUGAAGCCAAAAACUUCCCACAGAAGCGCCACUUUGGUAAUUUCCCCCCCAUUAGAAGACUGGGAUAUGAUGCUCAGCCUAUAAGCCCAUUGGACGCUGCCAUAUUAGCUCAGCGAUACCUUCCUUCUCCACACAUGGCUCUUUCUAAUUCUCACUAGCGCAUUACAAUUCUGGACAAUUCACCCUUGUAGGAGGGAAGUAGCUUUCCUUGAUGAAAAAAAUUAUACGGUGCUAGAUAUCUCCUCCUUAGUCGUUCUUGCUUCCUUCCUCGUUGAUAACCUUGUACUCGUAUGUUUCCCAGUCUUAUGAUGCCAUCUGGAGUCCUAAAGCAAUACUUUUCCAGCACAAGAAUAUUAAUUAAUGAUGUAGCAUUUUUUAAACAGACUCCUGUAAACACCAUUACUUUGUUUUAUAUGAUUUUUUUUUUCUUUUUAAAAGGAGCAUUUGUUCCCGCCUCCUUUUUUUUCUUUUGAAUGCUGCUGUGCAUUUUUAGAUGUACAGCACAAAGUUUUCAUGGCAUUAAGGGGUCUUCUAUGAAGUUAUCUUUAGUUUUUUGUUUCCACGCCUUCCUUUCCCAUCUGAGAGGGAAAAAACCCUUUCUUCACGAAGAAUCUGCUUUUUUUUUUUUUUUAUACAGGUAUAUACAUAGACAUUAAAUCUACCUCUGUUUUUUAGCAUUGAGUUCUGUAGCAUUGACACACAUGGCAUUAGAAAGUGUCUGCUUUGGAACAUUUGUUUGGUAUUUGUUGAGACAGGUUGUACCCCUUUAAACAAACAGGGUGACAAAGCCUAGAUAAUAUGUACAUAUAUAAAUAAAUAAAUAUAUAUAUAUAUAUAUAUAUAUAUAUAUAUAUAUAUAUAUAUAUAUAUAUCCUUAUAUAGAGGUAUAUAUUUGAUAUUGAAUAUCUGCUGGAUUGCAAUAUCCUUAUCCGAUGAAUAAGCUGUGUUAUAACCAUCAGGAUUAUAACUUCCCAUGUCAUCUAAAAUGUGUUGUUUUGUAUUAUAAUGCUUGCAUAUUUAUUAGGAAUUCUUUCGUGCACAAAGCACAGCCUAAGUAUGCUAAGAUUAGUCAGCAAUCGUUUUCUAAGCUACACUAAGUAAUAUGACUGUAGCAGUGCUAAGGGUUUUGGGAAUUCUGUGUGUCUUCGUUUUUCAAAUGAAAAAAAACAGCUAAAUAUAGUUUAUAUUGUUAUGCUAUCAUUGUAAGUAGAUAUCUGUGUAUGAGGACAUUGUUUAUUAUGUUUACAGUUCAUUCAGUCUCUCAUGUAUGUGUAAAUGCAUAUAAUACACAAACGCCAUGAAUAUCUUGUAAAUGAUAUCCUUAUAAAUGGCUUUUAGUGAUGUCAUCGGUUAUAAACAGAGCUCAGUGAUAUCAUUUUUGUCACAUGACUCACAAAAACUUGUGUAUUAUAAUGAAUAAAGUACCCCCUAUUUUCAAAUAUGAGGAUAUUAGAAGUCGCCUCUGAGUUCCAUGACCUGUAUAAAAGCACUCGUGUUUCUAUAUGGUCAUUGAACUCCUCAGUGACUUAUAAUAUCCUUAUAAUAUCCUUAUAUAUAUAGGGUGUAUGUUAUUCCCUACAUAUAUUAUGAAGCUGCUGUAUAGCUUACAUUCUCUUAAAACUUUGUAGAGCACAAAUGUGUAUAGAUGAAUAUUAGAUGGGGAGAAUGCUUCUGCUGAUCCAAUCGGCUUCCAACAAAAUAGACGAAAAUAAACUUUGCUCUCAUUUUCCGAUAUCUAUUUAUUGCACAAUGACUAAAAGACCUAUCAUAUAUCUACCCUUUAGGCCUCAUUCACAUUUGAUGUGCCAUUCUAAUUGCAUCUGGCCAGUCGCACUGAAUUCAGAUAACGUAUGCAUCCAACUUCCCACCAGGGUCAGAGAUCUUAUUGACAGUCCAAUAUUUUGGGCUGGAUCAAAGAAGCAGUGUCCUUCAAACUUAAUCUGAGACUUGAUGUCUGGUUGUGACACAUCUGAUCAGUUUUCCAAAACCUUAGUGGGUUGCACUUUAUCUGACUUGUCUGGUUAAGAUUAAUAGCCCAAAUAAAAUUAGUUGUGUAAAGAGUAUUCUGUUUUAGGAGAACACCACAGUAUUACCUAACUCUGAUGGAGCACAAUGAUCCUAUAUUUUUUUGUCUUUACCCCCUGGCUAACCAAGUGAUCACAUCCGGAAAUUAUUUUAAAACAUCAUCGCUUUGUAACGUGAGGAUUUCCUUGCCCGGCCAGUCCACUAUUUGUAUAUUCAGAGGCCUCGGCAUGGAAUAAGUUGCAAAGAUGUAUGUUUAUCUGAGAGGAUUUUGAACUAAACCCCAGUGCUUUGCAGAUGAAGAGCCUUUAAACUUGAGCCAAAUUUCAUGCCAUUUUCUUGCCACAACUAAUGUUACAUCAAGUAUCAGUGGUGGGGCUACUGUUCCUCAUCAUAGGGCCCGUUGCCCACUCUGAUGCAAUUUCUCAUCCGCCGUAUUUUACUUUAAACUCAUUGAUUGUAAAGUCUGACAUUUCACGGGAAUAGUUUCUGUAUGCAUGCACCCUUUAACCAGUUCUGUGCCAGGGAAAACCUUUCAUUGCAAUGUGCUAUAUUGCCUACUGCGGAAACAUUACACUAGAUCUUCAAUAUAAAAUUUGUCUUUUGUAUAGUGGUUGUUGUGAAUCUGACUGUUAAUCACCAAUGGUAAAGGCUGAAAUUCCUAAAAUUCCUAGCAGAUCCUUUGAACAUGUCGACUUGUUUUGCCGUACCAUAGCAGGUUCUGGUUAAAGCUCAUUUAUAUAAAGACAUUUCCUAUUGUUUUCACUCUUCUUGUGCAAAUUGUCAAUUGAUAGAGGGGGCGUAUUGUUGUACUUCAGGUGAUCAGGCAGUCACUGGAGGCAGUACUCUCAUUCUCUGUGGUGUGGGGAAAAAUAAUAUCCAUAGCUCUACUAAAUAGAAACCACCCCAGUAAUCCACAUUCACUAGUAAUUCUUGUUGGUGUCAAUGCCUUGUGGUUAAAGGGGUUGUUCAACUUUGAGUUAAUUUUUAGUAUGACAUAAAAAGUGACAUUUUAAAACAAUUUGCAAUUUGUUUUAUUUAGCUUUUUAUUCAGUAGCUCUCCAGUUUGAAGUAUCUGUAAUCUGGUUGCUGGGGUCCAAAUUACCCUAGCAACCAUGCAUUGAUUUGAACGAGGGACUGUAAUUUGAAGAAUGGGCCUGAAUAGAAAAAUGAGCAAUUAAAAGUAGCAAUAACAAUACAUUUGUAGCCUUAGAUGACUUCAGUGACCCUCAUUUGAAAGCUAGUAAGCGUCCAAGGAGAAAGACCAAUAAUUAAACUAUAACAAAUUAAUGAAGACCAAUUGAAAAGAUGCUUAGAAUUGGCCAUUCUAUAACAAACAAAGUUAACUUAAAGGGCAACUAUCGAGAAAAUGAAAAUGUACUAUAAGCUUCCUCGUACUGAAGUAAACUUUAUAAAUACAAUCAAUUAAAAAUUCUGCAUUGUUUCUGAAAAAAUCCGGUUUAUAUUUAUCAUUCCUCUUUCUCAUCAUCUGUUUCUCUUCAUUCUGUCUUCAUUCAGGAGUUGGGUCAGAUGAAUGAUCCAAUAUAUCUUAAAGGGGGCUUCCUUUCCUAGCAGAUGUUUUAGAGCUCACUCAAAUAACUGAUUCCAGUAUGAACAAAAUCUAACAAAAUAACUGCCUUUUGCACAAAUCCUGCAUGUAGAGAGACAUGAUGUCUGUUGAUUUUAAUAGAGUGAGCUCUAAUACAUAUUGGAUCAUUCAUCUGACACCCAACCCAGAAUGAAGACCGAAUGAGGAGAAACAGAUGCUGAGAGAGGAAUUGUGAAGAUAAACUUGAUUAGUUCAGAAAAGGUACAGAAUUUUAAAAUUGGUUGUAUUUAGAAAGUUUCAAUGUGCUGAAACUUAUAUUAAAUUUUUAUUUUUGCGAUAGUUUCCCUUAGAAGGUGAACCACCCCUUUAAAUAGUACAAUGGAAUUUUAAAUGGUUUUAUACUUGGGCAUUUUAAUUAGCAGCUUGUAAAUUAUAAUUACUCUCAACAUGUGGAUCGUAACCCAGUUACCUGUCCGCGUCUCUCCUCGACCUAGACUUUAUAGACCAAAUUGUAUGUUCUGGAUUAUGCGGUGGCUGCUCCCACCUUUGUAAAAAUGGAAUUGCCGUAAAAAGAAAUCUUGGCUUUAUUGAUACAAGAUGGGAUCAGAUUUACACUUUUUGUGAGUUUGGAUAUUGAGGAAUCUUCAGUAAAAUGACAAUAUGGCGGAAUUCUGAUUCCCAGCCUGUCAUUUCUUGCGGCCAGUGAAUAUUCUAAUGGAAUCCAGCUUGCCUUAAUGAGUACAGAUUAAGAUGGGCUACAUCAGGCAUUCACUGCAGUUGUUACUUUGCGAUUGUUUUCCCGUGAAGCUUUGAUCUAAAACAGAUCUUUCUCUUUUCAUUUAUAUUAUUUUCAAGCAUUGAAUGAAUGGAAGCAUUACCCCACUGCAUUAAACAACUUCAGAGUGCAAGGAAAUUUAGGAUUACACAAACUUGGGAAAAACAACCUUUUUCUUUUUAUUUUGUGAAUGUGUUUAAAUGUAUUUUCUGUUCAUUAAAAUAAAAACAUUGAAAUCAAAA